UCCAACUGAUGCCGUUUGUUGUGUGUCUACCUGUUGUAUGUCUUCCUAGCCAUUUUUUCACUGUUUUAUGUGUUCUGGACAAAGUUUACUCCAUCACCAUGGCACAUUACAUGCCACAAAUGAACACCUUUCCCGUGCCAAGUAGUUCAAACCAGAUGGUAACCUACAGCAAUGUAAACGCUGAAGAAUUAGCCAAGAAGGAGCUUCUCCAGCAAAGACACUAUUCGUUGUUCAGUGAGCUCCAGAAAAUGGCAGCUGAUUUACCUCAGAAGUUUCAACAGCGUUUACCGUACGAGCUUCUGUCAACUCUGGCGCGUUCCCUGCUUGAUGACACGGUCUUUGAGAUCGUUCGUGGUUUGAAAGACAUUCAACUCAUGGACGAAAGAGCUCUAUUCCAGACUAGAAAAGCAGUCUGUAACACACGACAAGAAAACAUGCAACUCUUGCUGAAAAAGCAGAAAGAGCAGCGUGAAACCUUGCUGGCGGCGGGUGAGAGCACCAUCAUUGUGGACCUAGCACAUCAGAAAGAACGAGAGGAGCAAGAGAAGCUGUUCCAGGAGGAGCUUAAUCGAGUUGACAUGAAGAUCAUUACCAAGCUCGACCAGUGUGUGAGUGACCAACAAGUUACUCUGGAGAAAGCGGGAGUUCCAGGAUUCUUUGUGACCAAUAGUCCCAUGGAAAUUCAACUUCAGAUGUGUCUGCUGGGGUUCAUCUCUCGGCUAUCACGGCCCUGAUCGCAUGUAAAACUUAAUGAAUUAAUUUAUUCCUCCACAUAAAAUAGUCCUUUUGUGUUACAAUCAUUUUCAUCCAGUGUAAUAUAUUCACCAUCCACUCAAAAUGACUUAAUAAAUGCAAGUGCAACAAACA